AUGGCCCAGAAGGAGAACGCCUACCCCUGGCCCUAUGGCCGGCAGACGGCUCAGCCUGGCCUGAACACCCUGCCCCAGAGAGUCCUCCGGAAGGAGCCUGUCACCCCUUCGGCGCUUGUCCUCAUGAGUCGCUCCAAUGCCCAGCCCACAGCUGCCCCUGGUCAGAAGGUGGUGGAGAACAGCAGUGGGACCCCCAACAUCCCGAAGCGUUCCUUCACAAUCGAUGACUUUGAGAUUGGGCGUCCUCUGGGCAAAGGCAAGUUUGGAAAUGUGUACUUGGCUCGGGAGAAGAAAAGCCAUUUCAUCGUGGCGCUCAAAGUCCUCUUCAAGUCUCAGAUUGAGAAGGAGGGUGUGGAGCACCAGCUGCGUAGAGAGAUCGAAAUCCAAGCCCAUCUGCAACAUCCCAACAUCUUGCGUCUCUACAACUAUUUCUAUGACCGGCGAAGGAUCUACUUGAUUCUGGAGUAUGCCCCCCGUGGGGAGCUCUACAAGGAGCUGCAGAAGAGCCGAACUUUUGACGAGCAGCGAACAGCCACGAUCAUGGAGGAGCUGGCAGAUGCUCUGACAUACUGCCAUGCGAAGAAGGUGAUUCACAGAGACAUCAAGCCAGAAAACCUGCUCUUGGGGCUCCGGGGAGAGCUGAAGAUUGCUGACUUUGGCUGGUCGGUGCAUGCCCCCUCCCUGAGGAGGAAGACAAUGUGCGGCACUCUGGACUACCUGCCCCCAGAGAUGAUUGAGGGGCGCACGCACAAUGAGAAGGUGGACCUGUGGUGCAUCGGUGUGCUCUGCUAUGAGCUGCUGGUGGGAAACCCACCCUUUGAGAGUGCUUCCCACAAUGAGACGUACCGGCGCAUUGUCAAGGUGGACCUAAAGUUCCCUCCUUCUGUGCCCGUGGGAGCCCAGGACCUCAUCUCCAAGCUGCUCAAGCAUAACCCCUCAGAACGCCUGCCACUGGCCCAGGUCUCGGCCCACCCUUGGGUCCGGGCCCACUCUCGCAGGGUGCUGCCUCCCUCUGCCCCUCAGUCUGUCCCCUGA